CUCAACCCUGUCUCUCACUCAUCACCGAAGAAAAACUUCUCCAUUCUCGUCGCCUCUUCUGGGACUAGCCGUCGUCUAUCAGCUUCUCCAUUUUUUUUCAUCCAAUUCUCAGUUGACCGGCCUAUUCCUUCUUCGUUCAGCCUCGCUUCCAACGUCUUCUCCGCCUUCCCGCUUUCCCCCCUGCGUCCGCAUCAUGUUCUUUACCUGACACUUGCCCACCCCAUUCUCUUCCUCUACUCUACCUAUUCUCUCACCCUUCGCAUACACCCAGCUUACUUGGAUAUCUGCGCGACUCGUUAGAAAUAUUUCAGCAUGAGGUUCGGGGAGCACCUCCGAUCGUCCAUGAUCAAGGAGUACUACUGGUACUACAUCGCCUACGAAGAACUCAAGAAAGCUCUGAAGACCCGAUAUGUCACGGAGCCCACUCCCGAAAAUGCCAGCCCCGAUCGCCAGCCCUGGUCGGAAGACGACGAGAAGCACUUCGUGACGCUGCUGGAGAGCGAAUUGGACAAGGUCUUCAACUUCCAGCGGAUCAAGAGCGCCGAAAUUGCUCGUCGCAUCCAGGCGAGCGAACAAGAGGUCAACGAUGUCGUCUCGCGCCUUGAGGCUGCCACCAGUGCCCGUUCCGACAGUGUCUCCCACAACCGACCCAACCGCAGUCCGCCCUCAGACGACGAUUUCCUAGUGCUCGAGCAGGCCUUGAGCGACAUCAUCGCCGACGUACAUGACCUGGCCAAGUUUACGCAAUUGAACUAUACGGGGUUUCAGAAAAUCAUCAAGAAGCAUGAUAAACAAACGGGGUGGCAUCUGAAGCCAGUAUUCGCUGCGCGCCUCAAUGCCAAGCCAUUUUUCAACGACAACUAUGAUGCGCUAGUGGUUAAAUUGUCCAAGCUCUACGAUCUUGUGCGGACCAAGGGUAACCCCGUCAAGGGUGAUUCUGCGGCCGGUGGAAGCCAGCAGAACUUUGUCCGUCAAACCACCAAGUAUUGGGUACACCCAGACAAUAUCACCGAGCUCAAACUGAUUAUCCUCAAGCACCUUCCCGUUCUAGUCUUCAACCCAAGCAAAGAGUUUGAGGAGAAGGACGCUGCUAUUUCCUCUAUUUAUUACGACAACACUGAUACCUGGGAACUAUACCAAGGUCGCCUGAAGAAGACCGAAGGUGCGGAGGCUAUCAGAUUGCGUUGGUAUGGUGGCAUGGAGAGCGAUCAAAUCUUCGUGGAGCGCAAGACCCACCGGGAGGAUUGGACUGGAGAGAAGUCGGUCAAGGCGCGUUUCUCGCUGAAAGAGAAGCAUGUCAACGACUACCUGGCUGGUCGCUUGACGGUGGAACAAAUCUUCGAGAAGAUGCGCAGGGAAGGUAAGAAGAGCGAGGAGGAAAUCGCCAACCUCGAGCAAUUGGCGCGGGAAAUCCAGUAUCGAGUCAUCACGCGACGACUUGUACCAGUCACCCGAUCUUUCUACCACCGCACAGCCUUCCAACUUCCCGGAGACGCUCGUGUGCGUAUCUCUCUUGAUACUGAGUUGACAAUGGUUCGAGAGGACAACCUUGACGGUCGCCGCAGAGCUGGCGACAACUGGCGUCGCAUGGACAUUGGUGUUGAUUAUCCGUUCUCACAACUGCCCCCUGAGGACGUGGAGCGUUUUCCUUAUGCCGUCUUGGAAGUCAAGCUACAAACACAGGCGGGCCAGGAGCCACCCAAGUGGAUCAGGGAGCUGACAGCUAGCCAUCUGGUCGAAGCUGUUCCGAAGUACAGUAAAUUUAUUCACGGCACGGCCACGCUAUUCCCUGACCGCAUCAACCUUUUGCCAUUCUGGAUGCCGCAGAUGGACGUCGACAUCCGCAAGCCAGCCACCCGCCAGUUUGGAAUCACACGUCCGCUGCCCAGCACGUCAUUAUCCGCGACAGAAACUCCGGAAGACGAGAUCUCGGAGGAUGAGGAUGAGAGCGCAGGCCAGUGGCCGAAUGGUGUGCAUCGAGUCGAGGCUGCCGAUGCUGACCACCAUGCGCUGUUCGCAGACUCAGAUGGCAAUGCGCUAGACAUCGAAGAACGCAUCGCCGCUCUACCGCUUCCAGGCGACGAGGAUUACCCGCUAUAUGACUCGGAUCAAGAGUCAUCAAUCGACUCGGAUGAAUUGGAAGAAGCUCGUCGGGUCGGUGGCACAUACUACUACAAGCAGCUGGCCAAAUACUACACCGAGCACGCCGGCUCUAUCUUAAUCCAUGUCCUCAAAUCCCUCAUCCCCCGACCUACGCCCACCAGUCUCCCAGCACCCGAGCAAAGCGGAAUCGCCGUCAUCGGCAACAAGCGUACUGUCAAGCGGUUCCACGCUCCCAAAGGCAAACGAAUCCACGUGCCCGUCCGUGUCGAGCCCAAAGUCUACUUCGCCGCCGAGCGCACCUUCCUCUCGUGGCUCGAGUUCUCCAUCCUCCUCGCCACCAUCGCCGCCACCCUCCUCAACUUCGGCGACGACUACAUCACCUUCGCCUCCUCGUGGGCGUUCACCAUUUUGGCUUCGCUGUCGCUGAUCUACAGUCUGAUGCUGUACAUCUGGCGCGUUGACAAGAUCCGCAAGCGCCGCGACGUCAAGCGCGUGUACUACGAGAAGUGGGGCCCCACCGUCGUCGGGCUGGGCCUGGUAGCCAUCGUCAUGGUCAACUUCGGGCUCCGUGUCCGGCAGCAAGGGUUCUUGGCCAAGGAUGGGCCCGGGGGUCUCGACCUUGACUUCGAUGUCACCCCUCCUCAUGGUGGGGAGUUGUAACCUGCUACAUGAGCUUGGGCACAACACUCUCCGACUGAGUAUUUUGGGCUCUAGUAGCUGUGAUUUGAUGUUAUUCUCUGGCUUAGUAGGAUGAUGACGACGAUGAAGAGGCUAUAUAUCAUGAUGACUUUUUUUUUGCCGGCGAGUCUUGGUUUGUUCUCGUUGUUAUGUGUUCUGGCUGAUUGAUCGAGGGAAGAAGGGGAAAAGAGAAUUUCAGUGUCGAUUUGCGAUCGGCAAGUGUGUGAGUCAGCGAUUGGUUGAUGAAGUGUAUACACCUAUCCAUGUCAUGUGUUUCCCAGUCAUUCGUCGCUGCAUGUGCAUGUGCAUGUGCCUGUUUGUUGUUUUUGUUUUUGGUCCGAUUGUUGAUACCAUACUCUGCUAUACCACCGUCUGGAGUGACGAUAAAUUGAUAUAUGAUUGGAU